AUGGCGGACGGUCACGUUUUUAGAGCUCUUAGAUACUGGAUCAUUCUGCUUUAUUUCUACGUUUGUUUCUCUGGUACACUCCUUCCCAAGACUAAUCCUGACCUCGAUAUAUCUGCUGAUACUCUUCUCUUCAUUUCUCACGGUCUGACGACAGUGAAAAUUCAACAUUUUAACCAUCAGUCACCGAGCUCGCAACAUGCAAAGAAUCUCCAGCUGCCGAAUUCAAGACUUCUACUCCUUGGAUGCCGUUUUACGAUUAAUUCCUCUCUUUCCUUACUACUUAUUCGUCUCGCAAAUGAUGUUGAACUUCAACCUGGUCCUGUUGGCUCCUCUAGUUCACGUGACAUUCUGUCUGAUCUUCGGGAUUUGUCAACGAAAAAUGGGCUUAAAAUUAUUCAUCAAAAUAUCAGAGGCCUCGUGGCGAAUAAGGAUAGUCUAUGCCAAAUGAUCGAUGAUUCCAAGCAUAUAGACAUCAUAUCCCUCAGUGAGACUCAUCUAUCGGACAGUGAAGAGGCUCAAGUUCAACUGGAUGGCUAUACGUUCAUUAAUAGACCGAGGAAAACAGGCAAAGGUGGAGCGUUUGUCGCUCAUUCACGAAUCAGCAAUGAAAGGGAGUGUCAGACAGGUAAAAAGAGUCUUAAAGCUUGGAGAACUGAAGACAUCAACAAGCCGUCCCCAUUUCGAGAUGAUGGAGAUGCCACGCCCAUUUUGAUUGCGGCAGCAUCGAACUCGUGUGAAGUUGUACGAGUUUUGUCUGAAAACGGUGCAAACGUUGAUGGCAAGGAUAGGAGUAGGAGAGGAGUUCUUCACUAUGCGGCCAUGGGAGGAAGUAAAGAAACCGUCUUGUACUUACUUCGUUUGGGUGUUGCUGUCGACAGUAAGUCAACAUGGGGUAGGAGUGCGUUACACAUGGCCGCUGUGAAGGGUCAUGCAGGCAUUUUAGCCAUUCUCAUUCAAAAUGGAGCUGAUCUCCAUGCAUGUACAGGAUUUGGUGACACUGCUCUCUUGCUUGCUGCAGAAGAAGGACGUCUAGAAUGCGUUAAGAUACUAGUGCAAAAUGGAAGCAGCGUAAAUUUGUCAAACAUGGCUUGUUAUGCUCCUCUUCAUAAUGCAGCUAAAGAAGGCAACAUGGAAGUUGUCUCUUACCUGCUAAAAAGAGGAAGUCAUGUAAAUGCCAUGUCCGCUAAAAGAGAAACGCCACUGAGCCUAGCAGUGCGAAAAAUUAACAACAAAGAAAUUGUUGCAAUGUUACUUUCAAGUGGAGGCAGCGUAAAUUUGACCGAUCGAUACGGAAGGACCCCACUUCACUACUCGACAGAGAAAGAAAUUGCAGAACUUUUACUUAACAAUGGUGCAGAACUUCAUGUUCGUGACUAUGAGGGCAAAACGCCACUGUUCUUAGCAGCUCUUGAUGGCUAUGAAGAGGUUGUUGAGUUCCUCAUUAAAAGAGGAAGUGAUGUCAAUAAGUGUAGUGAUUCUGGUGAUACACCACUCCAUGAAGCGGCACUUAGGGGCCACACCAAUAUUGCACAAAUAUUGUUGCAACAUGGGACUAACAUCAAUGCAAGGAGAGUGACAGGGGAGACUCCUUUGUUUCUUGCCGCCAUAGCCUGCAAGGAUAAAAUGAAACAACUCUUAAUUUCCCAUGGUGCUGAUAUAAACAUUUCAACUUUAGGACCCUUCAGAGGAUAAUAAUCUCUGAGACACACUGCUUUUGAAAUAAUGACAGGAACAUUUGAUUGUCUUUUAACAAGAGUCCUUUACUUUAAGAGUUACUUUAGAAUCCAACAUUUCUCCCAUACUUAGUGGGAUUUCCUACGGUUCUGACAAGUAAAAUUUGUUUAUCAAACAAGA